AUGACUUUAUAUGCUAAUGAUGAGGAAUUAGCUGAAGAUCUGGAAGAGACUGGUUGGAAAUGCAUUCAUGGAGAUGUUUUUAGGCAUCCCAAGUACAAGUCUCUUUUUGCAGCCUGCCUUGGUUCUGGAACCCAGCUAUUGACUCUUACGGUGUUUAUUUUUAUUCUGGCACUAGUUGGAGUGCUUCAUCCAUACAACCGCGGGGUUUUACUCACAGCACUGAUUGUCAUAUACGCUCUCACGUCAGGAAUUGCAGGAUACACCACAACCACCUUUUACUGUCAGCUUGAAGGAACUAACUGGGUUAGCAAUCUAUUGUUGACAGGAUGUCUCUUCUGUGGGCCACUUUUCCUCACAUUUUGCUUCCUAAACACUGUUGCAGUUGCUUACACUGCCAAUGCAGCUCUUCCUCUUGGCACAAUUGUUGUGAUAGUUCUUAUAUGGGCACUUGUCUCAUCUCCUUUGCUCGUUUUAGGCGGAGUUUUUGGGAAGAAUAGGAAGGCUGAGUUUCAAUCUCCUUGUCGUACCACCGAAUGUCCUAGAGAGAUUCCACCAUUGCAAUGGUAUCGGGGAACAAUUCCUCAAAUGGCAAUGGCAGGAUUUCUGCCAUUCAUUGCUAUAUGCACCGAACUUAACUACACAUAUGCUAGUAUGCCAGAAAAACAUGACCUGUUGGCCGCCAUUCUCGCGGCAAAGGAACAAGGCAUCGGGGCAAUCCUUGCGUUUGCAAUGGCGUACCUUCGCGGCAGAUAUAAUGGCGGUGCGUUUACAAAAACAGUAAUCGACGCAACGAUGUGCGCCAUUAUCGCCUAG